AACCGGAAGUGGGUGAGAAGAGAAGUGAUCAAAAGACGAAGCGAAUUGAGAGUGUGUGUUACACUCAAACACAAUGAGAGAUAUUUGCAGAAAUUUCCAGCGAGGCAGCUGUAAAUAUGGAGACAGGUGUAGAUAUUUGCAUGCACUCCAACCACAGCGAAAACCCAAUGUUCAUGGGUUUGGAGGACAGGGAAGUUCUCACCAACAGCAAAAUUCAAAUCCUUUUGGAUUUGGGUCUCAUGCUGCCUCUGCCUCGCACCAGCAGCAAAAGACCAAUCCUUUUGGUUUUGGCAGCUCCCAGCUAAAUGGGGUCUCCCAUUCUGAGUCCAGACCUAACCAAUUCAAGUCUUUUGAAAACAAAUGGAAUCGACAGUCAUCCAAACCCCAGAAAUCUGAUAACAACUCACAGCCGGUGAAUCAUCAAUGCACAGAUCCUGAUAUCUGCAAGCGCCAGAUUGCAGAAGAUUUUGAGCAAGAGAAACCGCUUUGGAUACUUACAUGCUACAGUCAUUGCAAAGGUGCUCCUUGUGACAUUAUUGGUGAUAUUAGCUAUGAAGAAUUGCGUGCAGCAGCUUAUGAGGAUGCUAAAAAUGGGAUGAGCUUGCAAUCAAUAGUUGAGAAGGAGAGGAACAUACUAAAAUCCAAGUUGGUGGAGUUUGAGAAACUACUUUCUGAACCCUACAAAAUGCCCCUAAAUUCUUCUCUUGACAGUCAAAAACACCAAUCUGUUGGAGUCAAUGCAAAUCCGUUUUCAAAUACUUCUCAAAAUAAUGGUCCUUUGUCAGUCUCAAGCUUUAGCCAACUGGGUGCUUCAUUGAACAUGGGUUUUGAAAGGCCCUCUGCUCCACUGACAAACACCCUGGCCCAGCCUAGUUUCCUUGGAAGUGGAGGAAACUCUUUCACAUCCAACACAGCAAACCUGAACAUCAGUGGCAUCUUCAGUGCUCAAAGCAGCACCUAUUCUAGACCAGUGGAGUUGACAAUGUUUCCAGGUUCAACUUCAACUUCUCAGCAAACAUCCAUUGCCUUCAAUAACUCUGGUCCUACUACAAUGUUUCAAACAACACCGGAUGUUCAGUUGUUAAAUAAGUCCCAAGUGGAGAAUGUGUCGGGAGAUGUCAGUAUUUGGUUAAAAGAGAAAUGGAAUCCGGGAGAGGUAAUAGUCUUCUGCUGUGCUUUAACUGUUAAUGUUGAAAAAAUGGUCCAGUCAGGUUUCUCGAAGGCAAUUCAUUUUGGUUUCCAAAACCAGGACAAAAUUCCCCUUAAGAUUGAUACGCAGUCAAUCAUAGUAUUAAGAUCUCUUCGUUCUUGCAUGUGUUAAACCUACACAAAUAUCUGGACCAUUAAAAUUUGGCAGAUUAAGAUUUACUUUCUGUUGACUAUAUUUUCAAAUUCAAGUGUUGGGGAUAUUUUGAUGAGUGCUUCGUGUGAGAUAUGUCUACAUUUUUGUUUGUUUUCAUUUUAUUUUGUGUACUUUUUCUGGUUGGCAGAUUCCAGAAGAAGCUCCUCCUGAUACACUUGUACGGUAGACAUUUUGUGUAUUGGCAUCUGAAACAUAUCACUCAAUGCUGCGUUAGAAAGUUUGCAGUGUGUGGAUUGGGCUUUUCGUGGUUAAAUGAUCAAUAUAGCAUACUUUAUCACUUCGGUUUUACGGCAUUUAUGUAGAUAUUUUUAUGUUAGCAAAAGGCAAGAGCCCCAUCGCCGUUCUUACACAAACGAAAUCUUGUACUAUGUCAGGAGUUCAUUUGAUACGGAUUUCAAUCCUCUUACCAUGUAAUUCUUUCUUUUUUACCAAUUGGUAAUUCAUUCUUUUUUGCCCCACAAAAUGUGUCAUAAGACGAUAGACAAGUGCAUAGAGUCGCAUAUGCGAGAAAUUAGUUUUUCUUUUUCAU